AUGGCUGCUCUGAAGACCUUCUCCCGAGACGAGGUUGCAAAGAACGGCUCAUCUGAAGACUCGACCUGGUUCAUUAUUGAUAGCAAGGUCUUCGAUGUUUCCGACUUCGUCGAUGCGCAUCCUGGCGGCGAAUAUGUCCUGAAGCAGGUCGCGGGCACCGAUGCUACUGAAGCAUUCUACAAUCUUCACAAACAGGAAGUGCUGCAGAAGUACUCGAGUCUCUGUAUUGGCACCAUCGAGGGCGAGAAGCCACAGGUCAUUGAGCAUAAGCCUGGAGACCUCAGCGUCGUUCCAUAUGGCGAGCCAACAUGGCUAACCCCUCAAUUCAAGAGCCCAUACUACAAGGAGAGCCAUCGGAAGUUACAGAAGGCAUUACGAGUUUUCGUAGAUACCGAAGUCUACCCUGUAGCACAGAAAUGUGAGGAGGAAGGAAAACAUAUCCCACAAGACCUUAUCGAUAAGAUGUCGAAGAAGGGUAUCCUGCAUAUGCGGUUGGGUCCUGGUAAACAUAUGCACGGCGUUAGCUUGAUGGAUGGUGCGAUGGAGGGAGAUGAAUUCGACUACUUCCACGAUAUGAUUGUGGGGCAGGAAAUGGUCCGGGCGAAUGCCAGAGGAUUUCAAGAUGGAAACAUGGCUGGAAUGACAAUCUCCCUAUCAGCCGUUUUACAAUUUGCUAAUGACGAAUCAUGGAAGGCAAAGAUUGCCAAUGAAGUCUUUUCUGGGGAAAAGAAGAUCUGCCUUGCUAUUACUGAGGCUUUCGCUGGAAGUGAUGUAGCGGGCAUUAGAACAACGGCGACCAAGACACCAGAUGGAAAACACUACAUUGUUAAUGGUACUAAGAAGUGGAUUACGAAUGGCGUGUUCUGUGACUACUUCGUGGUUGGAGUGCGCACCGACAAAGGAUUAUCUGUCCUUCUGAUUGAGCGACAAGAAGGCGUUGAAACCAGUGCCAUCAAGACUUCUUAUUCUGCAGCCGCAGGUACUACAUUCAUCACAUUCGAUAAUGUCAAAGUCCCCGUAGAGAACCUCCUGGGCAAAGAAAACAAGGGGAUUUAUGUCAUCCUCGCAAAUUUCAACCACGAGCGCUGGAUGAUGUGCUGUGCCGUAAUCCGCCAGAGCCGUUCCGUAACAGAAGAAUGUCUCAAAUGGAGCAAUCAGCGAUUAGUCUUCGGAAAGAAGCUAAUCGAACAACCAGUUAUCCGCCAAAAACUAGCGAAAAUGAUAUCUCACUGUGAAGCCAACCAAGCCUGGCUCGAAAACAUCACCUACCAAAUGACGCAAAUGCCCUACUCGCAACAAUCGCAGCACCUAGCAGGCCCCAUCGGCCUUCUGAAAAUGUUCGCCACACGUUCCGCGCACGAGAUUGCCGACGAGGCUGUGCAGAUUUUUGGCGGCAGGGCUUUGACCCGGACGGGAAUGGGGCGCACGAUUGAGAUGUUCCACCGCACGUAUAAGUUUGAUGCUAUCCUGGGCGGUGCUGAGGAAGUGUUGGGCGAUUUGGGCGUGAGACAGGCGUUGAAGAAUAUGCCGAAGAGUAUGUUGUAG